CAAAACACGUUUAUCAGUGUCUGAAAAUCGGCAUAAAACUUCGGUUAUUCGCACGUCUGAGUUCGCACGUGCGUGACAUGUGGAGAUGACGAGAAAUUAAUACAAAAAUUGUAUUAGUGUAUGUUUCUAGUAAGCUAGAAACUAACAAAGAUAAUGAUAAUGGUUGACAAUACAAGUAUAGAUAAUGCUGGAAAGAAGAAGAAAAUAAAGAAACGUAAAUUAGAAUCUGGUUCACCAUUGCAAGCUAAAAAUGUUAAGUUGGAUCCAUCAGAAUCGGUAGACAAAAGCCAGUCACACUUAGAGAAUAAUGAUGUUCCAGAUGUGCAAGAUCUGAAACAAUCUGGGUUAACAUUUGAAGGACUUCCUAUGGAAGAAAUUGGUUUGAGGUAUCCUGUGCUGAAGAACGAGGAAUUGAUAAAGAAAUUCCUUGCUGUACCCUUGACAAAUAACCAGAAAGGACGAAUACGACAAUCAUUAAGAGACAACUUGAAGGGAACUUCAAGCUUACUACUACCAGACGUUAUUCACAAUAGAAUUUUGGCUAUUUUGAAGAGCUCUUCUAACCACAGCGAUGCAGAGCUACGCAAAGUGAGAAUCCUGUACAACAUGCUGAAGACAGCCCUCGUAGAAGAGAAAGAAGGAUCAGAAAAGAAAGUGUUGGCGAAAAAGCUGACGGAAAAAAAGAAAAAGCUAAAAAAAUCAAUGAAGGAUAGUAAAGAGAAAAAAACAGAGAACAAUCAAGCACAGAAGGUAGCAGAGGACAGUAAAGCAGAGAAGGAAACAGAAGGAAAUAAAGCGGAAAAGAAAGAGCAACAAGUGCAAAAAGCUAAAGGCAAGAAGAGAUAUGUGGUGUUUCUUGGGAACUUACCUCUAUCUGUUAACAAGGAAAUGAUAAUGCAACAUUUCUCCGAGAUGAAUGAACACAUAAUUGAUAUUCGUAUACCGAAGCUGAAUGAGGAGAAAAAGAGUGCUAUAGCUUAUGUUGAACUCAGGAAUGAACCUACAUAUGAGUUGGCUUUGUCCAAACACCACUCGAUGAUGGGCAGCAAAAGGAUAAAAGUAUUGUACACCACACAAAAGAACGGAAAAAUUACCAAAUGCGAAGCAAAAAGUAAAUCGGCGAAGCUUCUAGCCUUACAUAAGUCUGGAAUGUUAAUCGGCAGCACACCACUCAAUAGGAAGCGAAGCCAACGACGAUUGAAGCAAAAACAGGCGCGCGCAAGGGAAGAAAAAGAACAUAGCAUAUAAUAAAAUACUCUAUUUUGUUAAUAAAUUG